CGUCACUGGGCCGCGCGGGCGUUGCUUGUCGAUAGUGGCGAAAACACGAUUCAUUCUGGUUGUUUUCCGAACUUUUUAAGUCAUUUCAAUUUCAUAAAAAGAAGAAUAUUGCCGAAAUGUGGAUUCUAAUUCCGGCGGGACCGGGAGGUGAGACCCACUAUCUGCUCUGUGGUAAAGAAUAUGUGGUGGGUCGCAAGAACUGUGAAAUUCUGCUGCCUAAUGACCAGUCCAUCAGCAGAGCCCAUGCUCACUGCAUAGUUACUGAUCAGACACUGACCCUGAAGGACACCUCCAAGUACGGCACAGUCGUCAACGGCAAGCGCCUGACGGAGAACACUCCGGUGAACAUGAAGUCGGGGGACAGCGUUACAUUUGGAGUCUUUCAUUCCAAAUUCAGCGUGGCUCAUCAGAAGCCGGUCGUGUGUUCUUCUUGCUUGGACAACGACGGCAAAGCUGCCCUCUCUCAGGCUCUGCAGCUGCUGGGGGGAACGCUAGUCAACACGUGGAGUACGGCAUGUACCCACCUGGUCAUGCCGUCGGUUAAAGUCACCAUCAAGACCAUUUCUGCCCUGCUGUGCUGCUGUCCCAUCGUGAAGCCGGAGUUCUUCUCAGAGCUCAGCAAAGCGGCCCAACAGAAGUUACCCCCUCCUGUAGCCGAGAAAUUCACUCCUGACAUUGAUGAGCCCAGCUUGAAUAAAGAGGAUGUUAACCUGGCGCCGGAUGUCAAACGUAAACAUCUUUUUGGAGGAACAACCUUCAUAUUUCUCAGCACUAAACAGCUGAAGCGUCUGAGCACAGCGAUAAGUUUUGGUGGUGGUACAAGCCAACUCCUGGAGGAAGGCUCCCUGCCCUCUGACCUCCUGGAGUCCCCGAGGACGUGCGUGGUGGACGUUUCUACUGGCAGCUCGCAACCUGUGCUUCCACCUUCUACCACAGGGUGGCAUGAUUCCGUGAAAAACAUCAUUGAAAGGAAACGCCUUCGAGUCAUCACAGAGUCUGAAAUCGGGUUGGCCGCCAUCUACGCCACAUGCAGCAAGUACUGCAACCCGACCAGUUCAAUGACAGAUACAGUGCCAAAGGUCAAGCCCAGAAGUCUGAGCGCGUCUUUGUCCCAGCACGUGGCAGUGGAUGAGACCGUCUUACCAGCGGCGUCACAGAACAUCACGGCGUACGCGGUCAACACGGAGACGUCACAAAUAACAGAUCCACGCCAGACCACCGGCAUCACGGCGGUCGGAGAGACACCGGAAAAAACACACAAAGGGACCGCAAGUCGUCUUGAUGGUUCGAAAACCACGACACAGAUGAUGGCGACAGAUUCACAUAGCGUGAUGGAGAACACACACUCCCAGAGGAGGAGGCCUGAGUCCAGAGUUAUGGGCCAUCAAGACCGGAAGACGACAACUUUGGGGCCGCCUAUGGCAAAGCCUGGUGUUGCUAAGAAGACAUCUUUGUCAAAGAAUUCUCCUCAGCACGUUUCUCCAACAACGUCCCCACAGAAGCAGUCGACAAUGACUAGUUUUUUUAAACCAGUCAACAAGAAGAGGCCUUUGGAUGAGGAGCUGGCGGCUGUGACGUCACAGCCAAAGCGCCCCGUACUUGAAUCCAGCAUCAACACCUCUUCUGACACCCCCUCAUGUUCAAUCCAAGCCCCUGCAGCCUCUUCCCAGAAUCCCACGAGCCGCGAUGAUGGUGAUGAUGAUCUCUUCGUCGAUCGGUCAGCGUCUUCAUCAGAAGCGGCCUCCCACACGAGCAGAAAAAGAAAGGGUAUGGAAGAAGAAAUGGAUGUGGCCGAACUGGAGUUCAUCAUGUCCGAGGACAUGGACGAGAUGGACGAGUCGCUCUCGGCGAGCCGAGCGGCACCAGCAAGAAGCCACGCUCCCGACCGGCCGUCCGAAGCAGCGCAGGCUUCAAAUAAAAAGCAACGCGUGGCUCGUGAAGAUGAUGACGCCACCAGCAGCCCAAGGUCACAUUUGGGCCUGGAAAAAACCCCACCUGUCCAUCAAAACCACCGAACUGAGCUGGAAGUCGUCUCAGAGAUGGCGGCGAAGCCAUCAGAAGCGAGCGCACGCGGCACGCGCCAGCUUGUUGAAGCUAACAAGAUGUUCUCCAUUAAGAAUGUUGAGCCACUCAAAGCAGAUGUUGGUCAGGACGCAGAAGAUGCUGAGGUUCACCUUGGUAAACCUGUCAAACUGGAGGAGGCCCAAGAAACCAAAGUGGACCAAGACCACCCUAAAAACCUGAUUUUGGUGGAGUUCAGAUCCCUCACCGUCAACGCGCUGCCCAAAGCCCAACCGCAGCCGACGCUCGCCAACAGCUUUGCAAAGAACUUCAAACGUUUCCGCAAGAUGCACGGGCCCAGGACGGAGUGCUCGGCACACAUCAUCGGUGGGCCUGAACUGCUGGUCCACGACCGGGGCAAGAACUCUGAAAUGGAUGAAUGGCUGAAAGAAUCGAUUGAGGCGGAGCGUCAGAGCAGACGGGAGGCGAGCCAAGGAGAAGAACUUUUUAGGUACAACCCCACCAAAUUGACCAGGAGAAGAUGAAACACCUCCUGGGCAUGCCCGUCAACCGUCAGUGCAACAGUCAGAUAAGACGAUCACAUCCGUGUUCACUUACAGCAGGGUGGCCAAAAUGCGGCUCCGGGGGCCGUCUUUGUUUUUCACCUGCAACACUUUCUACAAAAUACAAUUAAACGAGAAAUCUGAAAAGAAAACAACACAAAAACAUAGAAAUGUUGAUACUAACACAGUAGAACCUUUUAAUUCAUUCCCACUAACAUUCCCACUACCCGAAACGGACAUCAAUUUUUCCCAUAAUGGAAUAAUUUAAGUCCAAUUAAUUCGUUCCCGAACGCUGACACACAGUUUCUUACUUUUUACCUUUAUGUUAAAGACGUGAUUCUUGAUGGGAGUGUUCCCAAACGCCACACGGACGCCACCUUCCUGUUUUGCCAUGAGUUAUUGCUCGAGUGUUUCUCCUCUCACUAACAAAAAAUGAAACCAAAGUAGCACAAUUUUCGAUGAAUAACACUAGAGAACUGAACUGAAUUCAAGACCAAAACAGGAAGUUGAUGUCCUUGUCGCGAAAGGAAUCAUUUAAGUCCAAUGAAUUCAUUCCCGACUGUUGACACACAGUUUCUAACUUUUACUAUUACUUUCAUUGAAGAUGUGAUUUUUGAUGGGAGUGUUCCCAAACGCCACAUGGACACCACCUUCCUGUUUUGCCAUGAGUUAUUGCUCGAGUGUUUCUCCUCUCACUAACAAAAAAUGAAACCAAAGUAGCACAAUUUUCGAUGAAUAACACUAGAGAACUGAACUGAAUUCAAGACCAAAACAGGAAGUUGAUGUCCUUGUCGCGAAAGGAAUCAUUUAAGUCCAAUGAAUUCAUUCCCGACUGUUGCCAAACAGUUUCUAACUUUUACUAUUACUUUCAUUGAAGACGUGAUUUUUGAUGGGAGUGUUCCCAAACGCCACAUGGACACCACCUUCCUGUUUUGCCAUGAGUUAUUGCUCGAGUGCUUCUCGUCUCACUAACACAAAAUGGAACCAAAGCAGCACAAUUUUUGAUGAAUAACACUAGAGAACUGAACUGAAUUCAAGACCAAAACAGGAAGUUGAUGUCCUUGUCGCGAAAGGAAUCAUUUAAGUCCAAUGAAUUCAUUCCCGACUGUUGACACACAGUUUCUAACUUUUACUAUUACUUUCAUUGAAGACGUGAUUUUUGAUGGGAGUGUUCCCAAACGCCACAUGGACACCACCUUCCUGUUUUGCCAUGAGUUAGUCCUUGAGUGUUUCUCAUCUCACUAACAAAAACUGGAACCAAAGUAGCACAAUUUUUGAUGAAUAACACUAGAGAACUGAACUGAAUUCAAUACAUAAACAGGAAGUUGGUGUCCGUGUCGCGAAAGGAAUCAUUUAAGUCCAAUGAAUUAAUUCCCGACUGUUGACACACAGUUUCUAACUUUUACUAUUACUUUCAUUGAAGACGUGAUUUUUGAUGGGAGUGUUCCCAAACGCCACAUGGACACCACCUUCCUGUUUUGCCAUGAGUUAUUGCUCGAGUGUUUCUCGUCUUACUAACAAAAAACUGGAACCAAAGUAGCACAAUUUUCGAUGAAUAACACUAGAGAACUGAACUGAAUUCAAGACCAAAACAGGAAGUUGAUGUCCUUGUCGCAACUUUGGGAGCACUCACAUCCACAAAGAUGUCACCUUAAAUGUCACUUUAUCCCUUCCAUUGAUAUUUAUAUGCAAUUAGAAUAGUUUCAUGAAUGUAGAACUGUAAAAAAAAUGUGUUUUGCGAUGACUUAAGACGUACACUGACCUGAAAAUGUAUUUAAACCGAGGUAAAGGAUGCUAACUGAGGUUCCACUGUAGUGUGUGUGUAGGAUUUAGGAUUGGUUUUUAGCAAGAUUACAAGGUUUGCACCCGCUUAAGGUCAAACAUUGUGAUUAUCCAACUAUGAACUUUAUGAAGCCACCGACGGAAAAUAAUGUAACACGUGUUUUCUUUCUCAUUGUUUUAUUUGUCAAUAAUAAUAAUAAUAAAAAAAAACAUGGCAUAGAAAACAUUACAAAGUAUUUUUAUGUUAAAACCUGACAUGCCGAGAGCAGCUUAUCCUUAGAGCAAAUGUUUACCUGCUUUAGCAAGCGCAUGAGAGGCGAUGGAUUCAAGUGUCGCUGCCGUCUGAGCAAUAUUCUCCACCAUAGGGAUGGGCGUUUUAUUCCUCAAUUCAUUUCUAUGGCAUGCACUAACUGCAUGCAACCAGCAGGGGCGCUGUUAGCAGUCUUAUCUUAAACCUGCUGCAAAAAUACAAGCGCUUGCCGACACAAACGGGUUCCGCCAAGCUAUUGCAAGGCUCAAUAUGAUGGAUAUGCGUGGAAAUAGGAGUUCAGAACAAAAUUCUCUGAACUGAUCUUGUAGUCGAAUGCCCAACCCGUGUUUACAGCCAAACAAACAAACUGAAGCUAGUCUGCUACGAAGUCACCUCGCCAAAACAUGGCGACACCUUCAGGUACACCUGCACCAAUAGAGAAUGCGGUAAGCUAAAUAUCAAUGUCAAUGGAGGGUGCAGGUGUUCCUAAUGAUGUGACCAGUACGUGUAUCCAAGUCCGCCCAAGAAGCACUGAAAAAAAAAAAACAGCAGGAAUUCCUGAUUGACCGCUAAUGUGGCUAACAGUGACCCGUCAUAAUAAAUAAGCCAAAAAAAAAACUACGCACACAAAAUGUAAGCUUAUAUCGCAGGUGUGUUUUCAAUGAGGUGAGCUUAUUUUGCACGUGUUCAAACAUUGGCAUUUAAUGACGAGCCGUGUGAAAAAAAAAAACAGCAGAGCAAUACACACGUCACUUUUCUUCUCGUGUUUUGUGCGCCGUGUCGGUUUUCACAGCAUACAAGCUAACGAACAAGGCAACCGUCACGUUGGUUCUUUGCAACCGAGCUGUUUGGUGUAGUUACUGUUGGAGGGAUGACGCUGUACCUGCUCCGAGUGCCCUGAGAUGACUUGAAAGUUAAGAUAAAAGACCCUUGUUUUUGCUGUCAUGCAUGCUAUUAGUGGAAAUAUGUGGAAAUUUGGCCCACAGGUUGUGGUCAUCCAUUGUGAGAAGCGUACAUGUACACGAGGCAACCAAAAGGCAAAAGUGUAUUUAAUGCUGCCGUUAUUUACAAAGUUAGGGCCACACUAAAAAGGAAAAAAAAACUAAGAAUUAAGUCAUUUUAUAAGAAAUAAGCAGUACAUUUAUGAGCCUAAAAUAUGCUUUGUUUGAGAGAAAAGAGGGAAAAAAAUUAAUUUUGAUUUUUUUUAAAUAGUUGUGACUACAAAAAAGUUUCAAAACUUAUUUUUAGAAAUGUCGUAAUACUAUGAAGAAAAGUAUAAGAAUAAAGCUGUCAUAUUUUAAUGAUUAAAAACAUCCCGCAAAACUAGAAUAAAGUAAAGAAAAAUGCAAUUGUACACGGAAAAAAAAUUUGCAUAGAAAUGAAAGCCUCUCGCGACCCCCCCAGGGGGGUCCAGCCCCACUAUAUGAGAAGCACUGUAUUAAGGUUACAUUUAUGACAAUAAUGUUGUAAUAUUUUGAGAGUAAUGUCAUAAUGCUACAAUAAAAUGGUUGGAAUUUUAUUGUAAUAAAGGUGUAGUAUUUUGAUUAAAAUUAGUUGUACAUCUGCAAGAAUGAAGUUUAUUUGUGAGGUGAAAAAAAAAUUGAUUUUAUGACCAAAAACAUAAUUUUACUAGACUAGAGUAAAUUUGGAGCAAAACAGUCAUAAUGCUACAAGAAAAAAGUUAUUAUACUACAAAAAAGUUGAAUUUCAUGAAAAAAAAUUA